CCCGGCCUUGGCCUCCGCCGCAGCUCCGUUUAAGGGUGGCCAGCAGGGCACGUGGCUUGGGACCGUGUGGAGUUUGCGGCCGCUAGACAGCAGCUCCCGAGUUGGGCGGCUCCUGCUCCUUUCCGACGCGCAGCCCGCGCUCGGUCGGACCUGCUGCCUGAAAAUCAGCCUGCGCCUGGCCAGAUCUGUCGGCGGAGGACCGCAGCCCAGCGACGACGCGGUAGCCAUGGCUGCAGCGGCGCCCGCCCCGCCAAAUACAGAGAAGAGUUCAUACUUCUACUCCACGGAAAUCACACUGUGGACUGUGGUGGCUGCCGUUCAGGCCUUGGAGAAGAAAGUGGAUUCUUGUCUGGCCCGCUUGCUGACUCUGGAGGGCCGUGCAGGGACAGCAGAGAAGAAGCUGGCUGACUGUGAGAAGACGGCUGCGGAGUUCGGCAACCAGCUGGAGGGCAAGUGGGCCGUGCUGGGGACCCUGCUGCAGGAGUAUGGGCUGCUGCAGCGGCGGCUGGAGAACCUGGAGAACCUCAUGCGUAACCGGAACUUCUGGGUCCUGCGGCUGCCCCCUGGCAGCAAGGGCGAGGUCCCCAAGGUGCCCCUGACCUUUGAUGAGGUGGCUGUGUAUUUCUCUGAAUCAGAGUGGGCCAGACUGGAGGACUGGCAGAAAGAGCUCUACAAACAUGUGAUGAGGGGCAACUAUGAGAUGCUCGUUUCCCUGGAUUAUGCCAUCUCCAAACCAGACAUUCUUACCCAGAUAGAACGGGGAGAAGAGCCCCAUCCUGCAGACCCCUGGGGCCAGGAGAAGGGGAGCGAGGAGGAGACAGUAUGGCCGAGGAAACCCAACACCGGUAUUUCUCUGAGUCCAGAGCAAGCCCCAAGUCCAGCUAGCCCUGCUCAGGAGGAACCAAAUCAAAGGCAGACACCUGGGCAGCAGCAAGAGGACACAAGCAUGGCUCUAUCUGAGCCAGGCACUGGGAUUCCAGCAAGCACCAGGACUUUAUCGAUUAGACAGGAGGAAGAAUCUGCAGAGGGAGGAGAGUUGCUACCCUCCCUUUCCACAGAUAGCGUGCCUUCUGUGGGGUCAGGUGGCGGUACUGUGACCAUCAAGACAGAAGCCCUGUCUGAGGAGGAACCUGAGGAGCAGCUGCCGGAGUCCUCGAACCAGUCUGUAUUUAGAGUCCGCAAAAGGCCCAGGAUUAAGACUAGAGGCUACAGACGGCAUCACAUCCAGGGAGUGCCUAGGGUGCGGAUUGGGGAACCCCAGGCAGCAGAGGCAAUGGGAGAGCCACCCUGUAUCCUUCCUCGACCCCAGACGCAGGGAUUCCUGUGCCCUGACUGUGGGCAGAGCUUCCACUUGAAGAUUAAUCUGAUAAUCCAUCAGCGGACUCAUGUAGAAAAGGAACACAGGGAGGCUUGGAGUGGCUUCCCUGUUAGGUCAGGGAAAAGCCACUCCACACUGGAACCAGGAGAAGUAGUGGUACCAGGCCCUGUCAUCCGCUGGCUUCCUGAGGAGCCCACAAGCCACCAGUCCCCAGUAAGCCAUGCCUUCAUGGGACAAAGGCCAGCAGCUAAGGUUUACCACUGUAGUAAAUGCCUUCGCUCCUUUCAGCAUCAGAAGAGCCUGGCACUGCACCAGUGUCAGCACGCAGGCAAGAGGCACGGCCUGUCUGCCUGUCCCUACUGUGGCAAGGCCUUCCGCUGGCCCUCAGACCUCUUUCGUCACCAGCGCAUCCAUACUGGUGAGCGUCCCUUUCAGUGCCCCAAGUGCGGCAGGGCCUUUAAGGAACUACCACCUGACUGUCCACAUGCAGAAGCAUUCCUGAGGCCAGGCAAGCCUCAUUUUCUUGCUUUCCGUCCUCCCAGCAAGGCUGACCACGAGCCUGCCAUGAUACUCUCUGGCUCUCCUGGCAGGACCUGCACUAUCUCAGGGCCUUUCUCUGUGCCUGACCUGAAAUUGGUCCCUCAGAUGGGAAGACCAGCUUAGUGUAGACUUGCUUCAGUGGGGAUGCCCUGAAAGCAAAGUGCCAGGGGAUUUGAAUGCCUACAAUGGCUUUCUAUGAGUCCAUGUGAGUCUCUCCCUCACAUGGCAGGUACAUAUCCAUUACUACUACUUGUGAGGAAAGAGAAGCUGGGAAGAAUGGAUUACUCCUCGCAGAUCUCAGUGUUGACAGUGAAGUUGUGUAGCUGGGCUUUGGCUACUUUGUGGGUUCUUCUUUCUUCUAUCCUUCACCCCUUUUCUUCCCUUCCAAAUAAUAAUAGCUGG